CACACCUCUAUCGAAGAACCAAAACCAGGGUUCACCAUGUCUCUUCUUCCGGUGUUCCGCCAUUUUCUGACACAUUACACCUCAAAACCCACUUCACACACAACCGUUAUACCUGUAAUUCGUACUUUGAAAACCCUAACUCCACUUUUUCUUUCAUCUUAUCCCCUUCAAAAACCCAUCUCAAACUCCACCCCUCAAGUCUCAUCCAGAGCUGCAGAUAGUGCUUUAAUAUUAAACAAAGAUGAGCGGGUCGGGUCGAGCUCGCUGGGUUCAAACCUGCCUGACCCGGAAGUGAGUUCAAGUAGUACAAUUGCUGCCAUUGUUACUUCUUUGGGUGGGCAGGCGAGUGCGGUAGGUAUCGUAAGGUUAUCUGGUCCAACAGCAGUGAGUAUUGCAGGUCGGGUUUUCCGUCCGUUAAAGAAACGGAAACGGAAGAACGUUUCUUGGCAGCCUACUAGUCAUGUUGUGGAAUAUGGUGUGGUCUGUGAUUCUCACGGCAAUGUUGUUGAUGAGGUUAUAGCGAUACCCAUGUUAGCCCCAAGAUCAUACACCAGAGAAGAUGUGGUUGAGCUACAAUGUCAUGGGAAUGACGUUUGCCUACAACGCGUGCUACGAGUUUGUCUAGAAGCUGGCGCGAAGCUUGCAGAACCAGGUGAAUUCACGCUUCGUGCUUUCCUCAAUGGUCGGUUAGACCUUUCUCAAGCCGAAGAUGUUGGAAAACUUGUAUCAGCCAAGUCUGUGGCUGCAGCCGAUGCUGCACUUGCCGGAAUUCAGGGUGGUUUCUCUUCACUGGUGAAAUCACUAAGAACGCAGUGCAUUGAGUUGCUUACAGAGAUAGAAGCCCGAUUAGAUUUUGAUGAUGAAAUGCCGCCAAUAGACAUGGAUUUAAUUUUGAGUAAAAUUAGCGCGAUGUCGCAUGAUGUGGAGAGUGCGAUGGAAACUGCUAACUACGACAAGUUUUUGCAAUCCGGAUUACAGAUCGCCAUUAUUGGUCGCCCAAAUGUUGGGAAGUCUAGUCUGCUGAACUCAUGGAGUAAGAGUGAAAGAGCAAUAGUUACAGACAUUGCUGGAACAACACGGGAUGUCGUGGAAGCCAAUGUGACGGUUCAAGGUAUCCCGGUCACACUACUCGAUACAGCUGGCAUCAGAGAAACAGAUGAUAUUGUGGAGAAGAUAGGUGUCGAAAGAUCGGAAGCGGUUGCUAUGGGUGCUGAUGUGGUUAUAAUGACGGUUAGUGCUAUUGAUGGAUGGACUAAUGAAGAUUCCAAGCUGCUCGAUAGGAUAAAACACUCUAAGGCCGCCUCAGGAUCUCCGGUGAUAUUGGCAAUCAAUAAAAUCGACCAGGCCCCAUCAGCACACUUGGAAUUUGUUGACACUAUAGAUGAAUCUUUCGAUAAGCGUAUUUACACAUGUGCCAUUACGGGUCAUGGAAUUUCAGAUUUAGAGGCUGCAAUUCUCGAGCUUGUGGGCCUCCAAAAUAUUCCUGCAGGUGGACGCAAGUGGGCCGUUAACCAGAGACAAUGUGAACAACUUGUUCGGACCAGGGAGGCCUUAACGAGGUUGAGGGCGUCCAUAGAUGAUGAUCUUCCGCUUGACUUUUGGACCAUAGAUUUGCGGGACGCUGCGCUCGCGCUUGGGCAGAUAAGUGGAGAAGAUAUAUCCGAAGAAGUUUUGACUAAUAUUUUUGGUAAAUUUUGCAUUGGUAAGUAGAUGUUAUAGUUUUAUGUAUUCAUCAAGCCAUGAGUCAUGUAACUUCUUUUUUUUUUUUUUGAACGACAAAUUUGGAUCACUGACGGACCACUGGAGUAUGAUCGUGCCAUGAUGCAUGUAACUUACUUCUACAUAUGAUUAUCUAUGUUUGUUAAAAUAGUUAGUUUUUUUAGUGUG